GGCGCCUGCCCGGAGCGCGGGGAGAUGUAAAGACAGACAAGUAGUUUUCCCAAUGAUACUGUAGACGAGAGGAGCUACUUGGCCAAUGGAGACUGCGGGGCGGGACCCUGUGCAGCGGCGAAGUCCAAGAUGGCGGCAUGCGGUUCCGCUGUGUGAAACCAGCGCGGAGCGGCGGGUUAAUCGGCUCCGCGGAGACGACCUCCGGCGACCCGCAACAAUGAAGGGAAAAGAGCGCUCUCCAGUCAAGUCCAAGCGCUCCCGUGGUGGUGAGGAUUCGACUUCUCGCGGGGAGCGGAGCAAGAAGUUAGGGGGCUCUGGCGGCAGCAAUGGGAGCAGCAGCGGAAAGACCGACAGCGGCGGCGGGUCGCGGCGCAGCCUCCACCUCGACAAGUCCAGCAGCCGAGGUGGCAGCCGCGAGUAUGACACUGGCGGGGGCAGUUCCAGUAGCCGCUUGCAUAGUUACAGUUCCCCAAGCGCUAAAAAUUCCUCUGGCGGGGGCGAGUCGCGCAGCAGCUCCCGAGGUGGAGGCGGGGAGUCACGUUCCUCUGGGGCCGCCUCCUCAGCGCCUGACGGCGGGGAGUACAAGACGCUGAAGAUCAGCGAGUUGGGGUCCCAGCUGAGUGACGAAGCGGUGGAGGACGGACUGUUCCACGAGUUCAAACGCUUCGGUGAUGUAAGUGUCAAAAUCAGCCAUCUCUCGGGUUCUGGCGGCGGGGAUGAGCGCGUAGCCUUUGUGAACUUCCGGCGGUCAGAGGACGCGCGGGCGGCCAAGCAUGCCAGAGGCCGCCUGGUGCUCUACGACCGGCCCCUGAAGAUAGAAGCCGUGUACGUGAGCCGGCGCCGCAGCCGCUCCCCUUUAGACAAAGAUACUUACCCUCCGUCAUCCAGCGUGGUCGGGGCCUCCGUAGGAGGUCACCGGCACCCUCCGGGAGGAGGUGGUGGAGGCCAGAGAUCGCUUUCCCCUGGUGGGGCGGCCUUGGGAUACAGAGACUACCGUUUGCAGCAGUUGGCUCUUGGCCGCCUGCCCCCUCCCCCUCCGCCACCAUUGCCCCGGGACCUGGAGAGAGAGCGAGACUACCCGUUCUAUGAGCGAGUGCGCCCAGCCUACAAUCUUGAGCCAAGGGUGGGAGCUGGAGCAGGUGCUGCCGCUUUCAGAGAAGUGGAUGAGAUCUCACCGGAGGAUGAUCAGCGAGCUAACAGGACGCUUUUCUUGGGCAACCUAGACAUCACUGUGACAGAGAGUGAUCUGAGAAGGGCUUUUGAUCGCUUUGGAGUCAUUACAGAAGUAGACAUCAAGAGGCCUUCUCGGGGCCAGACCAGUACCUAUGGCUUUCUCAAAUUUGAGAACCUGGAUAUGUCUCACCGGGCCAAACUAGCAAUGUCUGGCAAGAUUAUAAUUCGAAAUCCUAUCAAAAUUGGUUAUGGUAAAGCUACACCCACCACCCGCCUCUGGGUCGGUGGCCUGGGACCUUGGGUGCCUCUUGCUGCCCUGGCACGAGAAUUUGACCGAUUUGGCACCAUCCGCACCAUAGACUACCGCAAAGGUGAUAGUUGGGCAUAUAUCCAGUAUGAAAGCCUAGAUGCAGCUCAUGCUGCCUGGACCCAUAUGCGGGGCUUUCCACUUGGUGGCCCAGAUCGUCGCCUUAGAGUGGACUUUGCAGACACAGAACAUCGGUACCAGCAGCAGUAUCUGCAGCCUCUGCCCUUAACUCAUUAUGACCUGGUGACAGAUACUUUUGGACAUCGGGCACCUGACCCUUUGAGGGGUGGGCGGGAUAGGACACCACCCUUACUAUACAGAGACCGUGAUAGGGACCUUUAUACUGACUCUGAUUGGGUGCCACCCCCACCCCCAGUCCGCGAACGCAGCACUCGGACUGCCCCUACUUCUGUGCCUGCUUAUGAGCCACUGGACAGCCUGGAUCGCAGGCGGGAUGGCUGGUCCUUGGAUCGGGACAGAGGUGAUCGAGAUCUGCCCAGCAGCAGAGACCAGCCUAGAAAGCGAAGACUGCCAGAGGACAGUGGGGGACGGCACCUGGAUAGGUCCCCUGAGAGUGACCGUCCACGGAAACGUCACUGUGCUCCUUCUCCUGACCGCAGUCCAGACUUGAGCAGUAGCCGGGACCGCUACAACAGUGACAAUGACCGAUCUUCCCGUCUUCUUCUCUUGGAAAGGCCUUCUCCAAUCAAAGACAGACGAGGUAGUUUGGAGAAAAGCCAGGGUGACAAGCGAGACCGCAAAAACUCUGUGUCACUUGAACGCGAUAGGAAACAUCGGACAGCUGCUUCCACUGAGGGAAAAAGCCCUCUGAAAAAAGAAGACCGGUCUGACGGGAGUGCAGCCAGCACCAGCACUGCUUCCUCGAAGCUGAAGCCCCCUUCCCAGAAACAGGAUGGCGGGACAGCCCCUGCUGCAGCAGCCUCUCCCAAGCUCUGUUUGGCCUGGCAGGGCAUGCUCCUGUUGAAGAACAGCAACUUUCCUUCCAACAUGCAUCUGUUGCAGGGUGACCUCCAAGUGGCUAGUAGUCUUCUUGUGGAGGGCUCCAGUGGAGGCAAAGUAGCCCAGCUCAAGAUCACUCAGCGUCUCCGUUUGGACCAGCCCAAGUUGGAUGAAGUAACUCGUCGCAUCAAGGUGGCAGGGCCCAAUGGCUAUGCCAUUCUUCUGGCUGUGCCUGGAAGUUCUGACAGCAGAUCCUCUUCCUCGGCCACAUCAGACACUGCCACCUCUACUCAGAGGCCACUUAGGAACCUGGUGUCCUAUUUAAAGCAAAAGCAGGCCGCUGGGGUGAUCAGCCUUCCUGUGGGGGGCAACAAAGACAAGGAGAACACCGGGGUCCUUCACGCCUUCCCACCCUGUGAGUUCUCCCAGCAGUUCCUGGAUUCUCCUGCCAAGGCACUGGCCAAAUCUGAAGAAGAUUACCUGGUCAUGAUCAUUGUCCGUGCAAAGCUGGUGAACAGUGGAUGAAGAUACGGAAAUCAAAGCUCUAAUGGACCUUUUCGAAGAGAAGUUGUGGCUUAUGUGGAGUUUACAUGGGCCUCUUGAUGGAAGAAAGCUAAUCUGUUUAGUAUUUGUGCAUUUUACUAAAAUGGCAGCUUAAAGUUGUGUAUCUGCUAUUGUGAUGCCAAUGCCGGUGUUUUAAGUGGAAAAAAAUGACCUCUUGCUUUGUGCUGUGUACACAAGAUUUCUGGAAAAGUAAAGAAAAACCCUUUUUAUGGCUCACACAGCUUAAAAGUAGCUGUCACUCAAACGUGCGCUCACAGUUGAGCUGCUUUUGUUUUAUUCUAAAUAAAUUGUUUCUUUUGAGGAAAAUGUUUUUCUGCCUGGAAGUGAAUUGACGGCAAACCUUUGACCCCUUUGUUUGCAGCUGAGGCGUUACUUACUGCUGCUCAGAUCUUGUAUGUCUUGAGCAAGAAGCAGGGAGACCAUCAUUUUGACUUAUCGCGGUGUGUCAAUUCUGAAGGAUCACUAGUGUUACUGUGACCCCCUUUGUUUGCAGUGAAGGGGAUCAUUUGCUUCUCUGUCCUCAACUUGAUGAGGAAAUGGUGCUGUUGGCUGGCACACAAGAAGCCGGGGCAAGCACCGUAAGCCUCACCACAGUGCACGAGUCGGGGGCUUUGCUGGUUUGAAGAGCCGGAGUUGCUGAAAUUUAAGUUUUGCUUUAUUUUGUUCACCCGUCACGUUUGGCCUUAGUUUCAUUUUUAAUUUGAAGAAAAGUUUGCAAUUGCUUUAUCUUGCACUUAACAUUUGCACCAAAUUGCCAAAAGAAGGCGAAUGCUCCGUUUGCUUUUUAAAUGUUAAUGAUGAUGUUAAUAAAGCCUUUCCUGACACAGUUGAGGAGCUCCUCCGUCUCCUGGGGCUUCUCACCAGAGGUAUGCAGUGAUGGGUUUAGUUCUGAAUGGAUGAAGAGUUCCUGAGAGCUAGCGUUUGUAAUUAGAACCGUCACUUGGUAUCUGUGCCUUAUUUGACCUGUGGUUCCACAUGCCUUGGAUGUGCAUGCACCGUGACGGUUUCGUAGGUACGAACGCACACUCAGGCCCAGUCACCUCGGUUGGUAGUACAGAUUGUGAGGAAAAAAUGGAGGCAUCCUUAAGGAGGAAAAAAGUGUUUGCCUUUAGUUCCUGCAUUAUCCUGCACAGGGGUCCUGAGCUUUGGAAGCUGUUCCCAGUACAGGAGAACAACUCCCCUGUUUGCAGCAGGAGACUUCGGUGCACAGUGACAACGCUGGAGUUCAAGAGGAAGCCAGCAAUGCUGCACCAGUGGCUUCAGACACCAUUGCUGUUUGCCAGUUGUAAACUUAACUAGUUGCAGACGAAGACCACCUUGAAAUGCAGGCUUGUUGGGCUUGUUUUGAAUUUUAACCUCGGAUGGAAGAGCCCUAGUGCUGUCUGUCUCCAUGCGGGAUGAUGAUUACUUAGGCAACAGGUGAUUACCAACAAAGGAUGCCACGCUUAUACUCUGCAAGGUGGUGUUCCAGUGGCAAACAGCUGUAUAAACUUGUAAACAGGAACUACUGACAAUCAAAAACCUAUAGCCGACUUUGGGAUAUGGCUUUAUUAUUCAGCAACUAAAAGAUGAGUUCUAAUUGGCAGACUUCUGGCACUGGCACUUGUCCUCCUGUUUCUAUAGAAACGGUUGGAAGUCAGAGCUGCACAAAGGGAAAGGGUAAGUUUCUUUUGAACUCCAUAUUUGUAAACCCAUAUGUUAUUAACUAUGGCAUGGUGUCAGUUUUCACAUAAGGAUAUCUGUCAGGGAACUAGAACUUAAAUAUGAACUAAUUUUCACUUGAGUGGAAACUGACAUCAAGUCAUUAAAUAUCAUACGAGGGUUUAAAUAUGGAUUUAUUUUUCUUGUGACUCUGACUUCAGAUUUCUUGAAGCAGUUAACUCAGUAUAAUUCUCGCUUUCAGUUAUUUCUAAUUUAGGGGUCAUAAAGUUGAUUUUUAUCCUCUUAAAUCUUAUUCUGUUGUUCUUUUCAGUAAGUGAACAUUGGAAUAUAAAAUAUGUACAGAGGACAUUUUAUUAGUCUGCAUGAAUUGUAAGUCUCUUCUUUGGAGCAAAGUCUGAUACUUUAUAUUAUAAAACAAGUACUGUACUACUGACCAGUUUUUUAGCUUCUCUCCUCUCUUAGCCAAGCAGGAUGGGGUCAUCUGCUGGGCACAAACAUGUGUUCUCAUCCAGGCAGACACCCAUUAUUCGUAGAACCUAAGACACCUGCCGGUUGGUGAGUCAUCUUAUUGCUAUGGCUUCAGAGGGCUGUGCUACAUAGCUGGGGCAUUUAGGCUUGAAAUUAUUUAAUCAAGUGUGAUAAACUCCUCUGACCUACAGGUUGGUGUUUAUAAAUGAUUUAUACUAAACUGACUAGUUUUGAGGUAUUGGAAGGAAGAUAGUAUUAGCUCUUGUCCUUUAAAACAUAUCUUAUUUCCUUGGUCCCGAUGUGCUACUCUUCAGGGUGUUGUUAUAGACUUUUCUUUUCCAUGCUAAAUGAACAUUAAUGUUGGUUGACACAAACCAGAGAAUGGGACAUCUUGGCUUUAUUUCAACUCAAAUAUUCAGUUUUGUAAAAAUAGCAUAAAAAGUGAACAUUGGAAAUUUUUCAGUAGGGAAAGUGAAUUCAUUUUUUAAAAUUUCACUUCACAAGUUCCUCCACAAGUUAAUGCCUGAAAGUAGAUUCUCAGUAAAAAUGUACGCAUCCCUUCUUUAACUACUGUGUAUCCUGUUCAUUUACCUUUGCUCACUCUGGCUUGAAUGAGGCAAAAAUAGAACUGAAUUUGUGAUUCUUUUGGGGGAUGGUGGUUAGAAAAAAAUUUAGUUUUUGUCUGCAUACUAUCAAGUAUCUAGACUGGCUCUCUGGUCUUUCAUUUAAGGGUGUCCAACUCAUCCUGGUUUUAAAACUGCAAGUCCGAGUCCCAGGAGCUUCCUCAUCAGCCAAACCCAGAUGGUUGGUCACCCUAUCUUAGUUUAUUCUCUGCAUCCCUGAAAAGGCCUCAGUAGGUUGUUGAACAUUUUGUAGAGUUCACAGUAUACUAGCUUCUGUCAGUAUGCACUAGGAGAUUAGGUUCUUUUUUUAAAAAAAGUGAUUGUUAUAUUUGCCUCAGUGAUCCUAGGUAAUGCCAGCUUAUCUCUCAUAGAAAUAAGACAUGAAUUUCAAACUGAUUUAUUUAAAAGUUGAUCCCAAGGACUUCCAUUAUUUUGUAUUUGUCUGUAUAUGUUAAGAUCAUAGGUGAUACAUGUGGACAAUUGGGUAGAUAUUUGUGGCAAAUGAGUAGCCAAAUGAGGCAAAUAGGGGACAGAAAGUGUCAUACAAGUUGGUUCUGGCUUGAGAGAAACCACUCAAGGUUUUUAAAAAAUACUGAGUUUUGGUUUUAUAUUGAGGUCUUAGAGAAACCACUGUCCAUGUUUUGUAUUGUCUCUCUUAAAAACUGUUAAAAUCCGAUGUUAAUAGACAGUGUGUUUUUCCUCCUGUAGGAAGAGCUGAUUUCACAGUUAGGCACGUUUAUUCACUAAGGAGCUAGUUUUUUGCAAACAUAGCAUCAUAUAUAUUAAUGUGCCUAGAUUAUUUGAAAAGAUCACAGAAUCAUCAC